AAAAAAAAAAAAAUGAGUACAAAAUUUCAUUCCGAACUUUCACAAGAUAUUUCAUUAUUGUUGAAUGAUACAGAUGAUUAUAAUGUGAUUAUUCAAACUGGAGAAGGCAAAAACUCAAGAGAAUUUCGUGCACAUUCAAUUAUUUUAAAAAUUCGUUCACCUUACUUUAAGAACUUAUCAACAAAAUGGGUUGUCCAAAAAAAUAAUAUGAUCGAAAUUAAAAAGCCUAAUAUUCGACCUACCGUUUUUGAAAUAAUUCUUAAGUACAUUUAUACGGGUGAAGUGAAUUUAACUAAGCGACCGGGAGCAGAUAUUCUUGGGUUAUUAAUUGCAACAGAUGAGCUUCUUCUCGAAAAAUUAUUUAGACAUGUUCUAAAUCAUUUAAUUAAAAAUCAAACAGCCUGGAUUAAACAAAAUUAUGUUCAUAUUCUUCAUACGAUUUCUAAACUUUCUAGUUGUAAGAAAUUGCAAGAUCAUUGUAUUGAAUCGAUCUGCUUAGAUCCACAACCACUUAUUACUUCAAAAGAAUUUCUGUCACUUGAUAAGGAUAUUUUAUACGAAUUAUUUAAACGAGACGAUUUACAAAUUGAAGAGACAGUUGCGUGGGAUUAUUUAAUGAAAUGGAGUAUUGAACAAACACCUGGUCUAGGAAGUAAAAAUAACGAUAGAACUAAAUGGAAUGACAACAAUUAUAAAGCAUUAAAGGGAACUUUAAGUAAAUUUAUUCCACUUAUUCGGUUUGCGGAAAUACCUUCUGAUGACUUUUAUGAUAAAGUUCGUCCAUACAAAGCUGUUCUUCCUCUUCAUAUUUAUGAAGAACUUGUUUUAUUUUAUUACAAAGAUACUUUACCAAAAUCCAUAACCUUACCUCCACGUGUUGGUAAAGUCAAACUCGAAUCAAAAUUAAUUAACCCAAAACAAGCUAAUAUAAUUGCUUGUUGGAUCGAAAGAAAAAAUGAAAAAAACGCAACGCUCGAUAAAAAGUAUAAGUUUGAUCUUCUUUAUCAUAGUAAACAGAAUGGAUUAAAUAUUAAUACGUUUCGAAAUAAAUGUAAUAAUCAAGGUGCAUGCUUAGUGUUAGUCAAAAGUCAACAAUCAGCAAAAAUCUAUGGAGGAUACAAUCCAAUUGGAUUUACGAACUCUGGUGGACAAUGGCGUGGUACGACUGAAAGUUUUAUAUUUUCUUUUGAAAAUAGCGAAGAUAUUCAAAAUAUGAGAAUAAGUCGUAUAAAUAAUGGCUAUAAUAAUUAUGCAAUAUACGAUUACAACAUUUACGGAUUUAGUUUUGGCAACAACUUCUAUUUGAAUAGUGACAAACGAAUAUAUUGUAGUUAUAAUGGCUAUUAUGAUGGUAAUCUUAAUAAUGUUUUAAAUCCAUACUUAAAUAGCAAUUUUAUUCCGGAGGACACUGAAGCCUUUAAAAUAACUACUACGUGAUUAUGAUAAGUUACAUAUAUUCUUGUGUUUUCGGUUAUUUAAGAAGAAUUUUAGGUUAGAAAUUAUUGUAUCCUAUAUAAAUUGUAUUGAUUAAAAUCAUUAAAAUUAAAUAUAUAACUAUUAUAAAUGAAUUAGCACG